UGGUUGGAGCCCUCGGCCCCGCCCCCGCGCCAUCUUGGGGGCCCUGGAGGCGGCGCCGCGCAGGACGGAGCGGAAGUGCUCGCUGCAGCUUCCCGGAGCCCGAGCGCAGCGCCGGCGGCCGCCCCUGCCCCGCCGUCCUCCUUCCCGCGGCCGUGAGGGAGACCGCGGCUCGGCCGCAGCGGAGCUGCGAGUUACAGAAUGUCUGAAGGGGACAGUGUGGGAGAGUCCGUCCAUGGGAAGCCUUCGGUGGUGUACAGAUUUUUCACGAGACUUGGACAGAUUUAUCAGUCCUGGCUAGACAAGUCCACACCCUACACGGCCGUGCGAUGGGUUGUGACACUGGGCCUGAGCUUCAUCUACAUGAUUCGAGUUUACCUCCUGCAGGGGUGGUACAUUGUGACCUAUGCCUUGGGAAUCUACCAUCUAAACCUUUUCAUAGCUUUUCUUUCUCCCAAAGUGGAUCCUUCCUUAAUGGAAGACUCAGAUGACGGUCCCUCACUACCAACCAAACAGAACGAGGAAUUUCGCCCCUUCAUCCGAAGGCUUCCAGAGUUUAAAUUUUGGCACGCGGCUACCAAGGGCAUCCUUGUGGCUAUGGUCUGUACUUUCUUCGACGCUUUCAACGUCCCGGUGUUCUGGCCCAUCCUGGUGAUGUACUUCAUCAUGCUCUUCUGUAUCACAAUGAAGAGGCAGAUCAAGCACAUGAUUAAGUACCGGUACAUCCCGUUCACGCACGGAAAGAGGCGGUACAGGGGCAAGGACGACGCCGGCAAGGCCUUCGCCAGCUAGGAGCGGGGCUGAGGACGCCUCGCGCUGCAGGAACGGUUUUGAGCCAUUGUUAACAAUGCCUUUUCUUCACAUAAAGUAGUUGAUUACGAGGGAGUCGAAUUUUCUUUUUAAAAAGGAGCUUCAGUGAUUUGUAGCUGGAAUACCAGGUUCUUGAAGAAACUGGCACUUAAACCAAAUCGAAUGGAUUUCUUUUUCAGUGACGUUCAGGUGUUUCUCAUGGAUGGAGUUGUAGUCAGCUGCAGGCAGGAAGCCAGGCGGGUGGAGCCCACAGGGGCGGUGCGGGCGGGCGGGCAGGAGUGCGGCCUGUGAGGGAGGAACGGCCGCUCCCCGCCAGGCCGCCUUCCCUACCAGCCGGAGGCGGUGCCACGCCACUCCAUGGAGCCUGAGGGACCGUCUAGCCCGAUUCCUGCGCGUUUGAAAGAACUGAACGCUUGAAAGGGGUGUCACGUCACUGUGGGUUCUGAUGCCAGUUUCCUCGAUUCAUCUCACUGGAGAUGCUUUACAGUUGGCCUCUAUCCUGAUGACUCAAAACUUUGUUCUUAACUACCAUGAUUGCUUCUGAGGGCCUGGAAUUAUAAAUAUAUAUAUUAUA